AUGAAUGAUACUCUAUGUUUAAAAUUUGAUUUUUUGAGGUAUUAUUUACCUGCUGAAUUAGGCGGAACCGCAAAUUUUGAAUUUAAACAAAUUACAAAUUUCAAUAAGUACUGCCCUAGUGAAAACUGCAAUACUGAUCUCGAAAAAAUUACAAUUGGAUUUUUAUGGUUACUUGAACAAUAUUUUACUAUAUCCAAAGAUACAGAUGAUUAUAAUGAAAAUAAUACAAAUGCAUUUUUUCUAUAUAUUAUUUCAUGGUUAAGUUACCAAUUAAAGCAAAAUUCAGAGCACAAUACCACCACAAUAAACGAUUUUUAUACUAAACAUGUAAAAAAUAGUGGUAAAUAUAGUAAAUUUAUAAAUGAUUCCAGUAUUUGUGCAAAUCUUAAGGAAAUCAUAGAUAAACAAAAAGAUUUGUUCAAUAUUGAUAUUGAAGAUCUG